CCAGCAGCCGCCGGGCGAGCGGAGGCCUCCGGACCUGCGCAUCUCCCCCGAGACCUCGCCCUGCUCCCCGCGCCGCCACGACAUGAGCCACGGGCAGGGGACCGACAUGCUCCCGGAGAUCGCUGCCGCCGUGGGCUUCCUCUCCAGCCUCCUGAGGACCCGGGGCUGCGUGAGCGAGCAGAGACUUAAGGUUUUCAGCGGGGCGCUCCAGGAGGCACUAACAGAGCACUACAAGCACCACUGGUUUCCCGAAAAGCCGGCCAAGGGCUCGGGCUACCGCUGCAUCCGCAUCAACCACAAGAUGGACCCCAUCAUCAGCAAGGUGGCCAGCCAGAUCGGACUCAGCCAGCCUCAGUUGCACCGGCUGCUGCCCAGCGAGCUGACCCUGUGGGUGGACCCCUAUGAAGUGUCCUACCGCAUCGGGGAGGAUGGCUCCAUCUGCGUCUUGUACGAGGAAGCCCCAGUGGCCACAUCCUGCGGGCUCCUCACCUGCAAGAACCAAAUGAUGCUGGGCAGGAGCAGCCCCUCAAAGAACUAUGUGAUGGCGGUCUCCAGUUAAAUGCCCUGAGCCCCCACUCUGGCACUCUACUGUACCCAUUCUGCCGUGACAAUAGGCCACCGCAUACCUCAACCUGGGGAACUGUAUUUUUAAAUGAAGAGCUAUUUAUAUAUAUAUUAUUUUUUUUAAGAAAAGAGAAGGAAAAAACCAAAAGAUUUUUUAAAAGAAAAAUCCUUAAAGGGAGCUGCUUGGAAGUGGCCUCCCCAGGUGCCUUUGGAGAGAACUGUUGUGGGCUUGAGUCUGUGAGCCAGUAUCUGCCUAUGGGAGGGGAGAGGGGUUGGAGGAGAGGCCUAGCCAAGGUGAGGAGGGAGAAGUUUUGGCUAGCACCUGAGGAGGAUGGGAAAGGGAGCAAGCAAGGUUAGCAACUGUGAAUAGGAGAGGUCAGUAUUUGCCCUGGAGAGAGAAGAAAGGCUGGUUCAAACCUCCAUCCCAACCGGGACACCUGCAUCUCUGGCUUCUCUUACUCAGGGGCAUUCAAGCCUAGAUUUAAGUAAUACUAUGUUGCCUAAUCUCAUAUUUUUCCGAGAUUCUUGGCAGAGAGUUAAAAGGCCUCUCCUUAUUCUUUAUGUCCUAAGCAGCUUUUUUUGAAAUCAUGACUUGUUUCUAAUUCUACCAUUAGGGGCCUGUAGACAUUGCUUCCCAGCCAGGAAUCUAAACUUUUUUUUUUUUUUUUUUUCCUGUGAGAGGGGGCGGGGAGGGGGUUGUAAGGCAGGGGUUGGAGAUUAUUGGGGUUAGGAUGGAAUGGAGUUCUGCACAAAACCUUUGCUUUGCUAUGUGCUGCUUUGUGUGUAUGUGUGGCAAAUAAUUUGGGGGUGAUUUGCAAUGGAAUUUUGGGACCCAAAGAGUAUCCAGUAGGGAUGUUUUUUGGCCAAAACUUCUUUGUGGAACCACAUGAAAGUCCUGAUGCUGCUGUUAUUAUUCCUUUGAGAGGUGGCUCAAAAGCUACAGGGAACUCCAGGUCCUUUAUUACUGCCUUCAUUUCAAAAGCACAACACUCCUCUGUAACCCUCCCCUCUCCUGUCCCCUUCUGGUUGGGUCAUGGAGCUACCCUAUGCUCUAGACAAGAGUUCUCAGUCACUGUGCAAUAUGCUCCCAGGUUCCAGGAGGGUCUGGAGAACUGGCUCUCAGAAACUUCUGGUGCCCUAGUGGGCUUGGGGAACUGUCUCUCCUGCUCUCCUUGGGAUUAUGGCUGGCUAUUUGGCUUUGCAGAUAAUUCCUUGGCUGGAUGGGAGAGUGCCCCAUGUUCUGCAGGACUACUUGGUAUUCUUGUAGGGCUGACACUAAAAGCCAAACCUUGAGCACUGUUUCUUCUCCCUGGUGCUCAGAGCACCUAUGGGGGAGAAGUUGCUGUCUCUCUCAGUACAAUCCAAAUUUGUCUGUAGACUUGUGCAAUAUUUACUGUUCUGGGUUGGAGAAAAAUGGAAAACUACACUGGGAAGAAACCCCUUCCCUUCAGUUUCUCAGUGAUGUCGGUGAGGGGUUCCUCAGAAAGUUUCAAAUUUCCCAAACUGAAUCACCUUAAGAAGGAUGGAGCUAGAGCAUCUGGUCAACCUGGCUACCCUCUUGCUGUUGCCCCUAAGUGAGGAGUCAUCCUCUCCUACUUCCUCUACCCCCAAGUUCCCUUCCCCACAGCCAGUCCCCUUUCCUGGAUUUCUAUACUCAAUUUUGACUCAAAGGUGCUAUUUACCAAACACUCUCUCUACCCGUUCCUGCCAGUUCUGUCUCCUUUUCAACUCCAGAUUUCGUGCUGCAUUCCCAGACCCUGUUUCCCGACUUUUUUGCUUUAAAGUUAACUUUGGGCCUACAGACCCAAGAGCUAAUUUUCUGGCCUGUGGGUUGAAACACAGCUGUGAAUCACUGCAGAUGUCUUUUUGCCUCUCAUCUGCGAAUAGGUCCCUGCCUUUCUAGAAGCAGCCUCGUGGUUUCAUGCUCGAUCUUUUCUGUCUUCUCUUCUUUUCGAUGAUCACUUUAAAAACAACACCACCCCCGGAGCUGGACUGUUGAGCAGGCCUGUCUCUGUUUGUAGGCUAUUCUGACAGAAAAGACAAAGGUUACUAAUUGUAUAAUAGUGUUUUUAUAUGGAAGAAUGUACAGUUUUAUGGACAAAUGUACCCUUUUUUUUGGUUACUUUAAUAAAAAUGCAGCAGAUGAA